CUUGACAAGUGACGUUGACUUCGCGCACGUCGCUCGCGCUCGCACGCCGCUGGGAUGACUCGAUAAGGCCCCCGUAUAUAUAUCGCGGAUUGGGGGCGUUUUUAUUGGAGUGCACGAAUGCGUUUAGAGUGUGUGCGCUCCUUACGAGGCCGCGUUGCGCGUUGGAUGGAGUGCGGGAUACGAGUUCGCCGAUCGCGCGGCUUUGCCACAAUUGUCCCGAGGUCGGCCAGUCGAUAAGCCGACGACACCGACGUCGACGACACUCGUCAGGAAGGCGCGAUGCAUGUCCCGGCGACGCGUGCACAGUAUCCGAAAGUCUCGUGAACGAUGUCCGGGUGUCGUCAAUAAUAAUAAUAAUAAUAAUAAUAAUAACACGCAACGAAAUAGACAAGACGCAUAGGUUGGGGAUAGGAAGGUAUGGAGGGUGUCAACGGUCAGCUGCAGACAAAGUAUCAGAAAAUCGCCGCGGAAUACUCCAAGAUUCGUGCGCAAGCAAAUGUUUUGAAAAAAGCUGUGAUAGAGGAACAAGCACGUAACACGGAUAUUCGGAAUCACCUGAAAGAGAGGGAAGUGGAACUCCGAAGAGCUGAACAGGAAAUAGACAGUUUGACGUUUCGCAAUCAGCAAUUGACAAAGCGUAUAACUGUGCUGCAGGAGGAACUUGACAAGGCACAGAAUAAAUCUAAGAAGAGUAAGAGCAAAGUGUCAGAGAAUAAUAGUCAAAUUCCUCCACCGCCACCAAACAAUAUUUUAGAUGAAGAAUUUCAGAAGAAGAUAGUGGAGAAUGCUCAAUUAUUAUCACAGAUUAGUGAUAAAGAUAGCGAAAUUGAAAGCCUGUACGAAAGGAUACAGCAGUUAGAAUAUAAAGUCGAUUAUUGUGAAAAGUCUAAAGUAGAAUCAGAAUGUCAGUAUCAAAGUACCAUAGAUAAGCUAGAAAGAGAAAGAAAUGAUUUGCAGAGAAAAUUAAAUGACAGACAGAAACAAGAGGAAACUGUAUCCUGGUCUAGUAAUGAAGGUAGACGAGAUGGUUAUGACUUUGAUGCAAGAGGAAUACUUUCGAAUCAUCGUCAAACAGAACCAUCACCAUUCUCUUCGCCAUCUGCUUCACGUAGAUCAUCAAAAUCACUUGGAGAAGGAAAGCCGCAAAAGCCACAAGAAGAAAGUAAUGAAUUUUUCUAUGCAAAAUCAUGUGACCUAGAGAAAGAAAUUAAUCAUUGGAAAGCUCAAUAUCAUAUACUCAAGAUAAAAUAUGAUGAGUUAGAUCAAACAAAAGCUGAAGCAACUUCCCAAAUUGAUAAUGAUGUAAUAAAAUCUAUGGAAAUAAAUAAUAUGAUUGGCAAAUUGAGUGCACCUUUUGCAUUACCAGAAGAAAUCGAUGCUCGUGAAUUGAAGAUUAGGGAUUAUUUUCUAGAAGAAAUUGAAAGAAUAACAAAUGAAAAAUAUAUUUAUCACAUAAAAAAUUUAGCUAUGGCCGCUAAUAGCGAAGUUAUGCAUGUGCAAUUAGAUACAAGUGAAUCAAAGAGAGAGAAGUGCGAAACAGCGCUAUUAGAAACACUUUCUAAUUAUAACAGUUUACAAAAGGAAAAAGAAAUGCAAGAAGGAAAUUACAAGAUACAGCUUAAUACCAUGAGCGAACAUCUUGCCAACAUGAACGAGAAACUUAUCUGCCAAACAGAGGAGAUACAGCAAUUGAAAUUUGAAUUAGCUAAUAAGAAUAGUAAGAAAGGAAAACAAAAGUGAUCCAGAUCAGAAUUGCAAAGAACAAUCAUUGACAUUCCAUCAGUAUGAUUUAAUCGUGAUCGUUGAUAAAUAUAAUUUAUCAUGUGUGUGUAUAUAUAUAUAUAUAUACACAGUUCGUAUCUGCUAGAGCAAUUUAUAAAUUUUUGUGCAUACUUUAUAUCUUUAGCUCGCACGAUAAAGAGCUCUCUAACUUAAUGUUAUUAUUAUUUAUGAAAUCAAAAUAAAAAUUUAUCGACAAUGUUUUUUUUAUAAAAAUGCUUAUGUUAUAAGUCUAAUUUUUCUUCUAUGUUAUACAUAUGCAACGAUUAUUCUUAUUUCCUCAUACUUAUUUACACAAUAACCAACUCGAUAUAGGAUAAUUUAUACAAAUUAAAUUAUUAAUAAUGAUAAAAAGCUAUAUAACAUAAAAAUAUUUUUUUGUAUCACUUAUAUAAAACAGGCAUGUAUAAAACGACACCUGCAAUUGUAAACUAUUCUUUAUUGUAUUAAAAGAGAUAUAAGAAAUAUGUACAGCUACUGUUUAUAGUAGGUGUUGUGAUAAAAUUAAUGUAUAUUCACCAAAGCAAUUGUAUGUAUUGCUUUGUGUAUUAAUUAUAUAAAUAAACUAUAAUUGAUCUUCUCAGUAA